AUGACGGAAGACGACAAUAAAUCUGUCUCUACCUCCGAGGCUGUUACUCCCCCCACUGGCGAACAGGCUACCGAUGCACAGGGCCAGCUCGCAGCAGCUGUGGAUGACCUCCUCGAUCAAUUACAGCAUAAAUUCGAUACCGUGUCGCGGGAGAUGUUCGGGAAACUGGACGAUAUGGCAAGACGGCUUGAUGAGUUGGAGGCUUCGUUGACAACUGCUGGGGAUGCGAGUACGCCGACGGGGCCGGGGAGUCCGACCAAGUGA